UCAAUUUGACAAUCAAAAUGAUCAAAUGCGUGCUGAAGAAAUGGCGGACAGAACGGUGCUUUAUUUGUAGAUUGUUUUGCCGGUAAAAAACUGUUAAAAGGAGGAUGGAGGGCAGCCAGCAACCGCAAAAUACCACAGCUUCGAACAAGAAAGGUCUUUCAGCUUCUAGCUGCGUGUAUACGAGCUGUUAUUGUGAGGAGAAUGUUUGGAAACUGUGUGAAAGAAUAAGAGAUGAACAAAUCGACCAACUUUCAGAAUAUUACGCAGUUUUUAUUUCCAAUGCAACAAGGCAGGUUCCUCUAUGGAUGCAAAAGCAAAGCAGACAUCCUCUUACUCCAGUUGUAUGGGAUUAUCAUGUGAUACUUGUCCGAAAAUGUCCAGAUGGAGAGUCCUAUGUAUAUGAUCUGGAUUGUAUACUUGCCUUUCCAUGUCAUCUGUCUGACUACGCAAGUCAGGUGCUGCGAAGUAACAAGGGAUUAAAAAAGCAAUUUCACAGAAAAUUUCGUGUUGUUCCGGCCGCUGUUUUUCUAAACACAUUUGCAUCUGACCGGUCACAUAUGAAGAAACCGAAUGGAGAGUGGAUUCAGGAACCACCGGAUUAUCCUGCUAUCCGGACUGCAGAUGAUACCAUGAACCUAGAAGACUUUAUUGAUAUGAACCCUGAAUUUGGCGAAGGCCAAGUGAAAGAUCUCAACUUCUUUCUAACGAUGUUCGCCAUGUAACAAAAGGCGAAAUGACGUCAUUGAAGACAGCCAGUUCUCUGUACUUUUCAGAUCGACGGGUCCUGGAAACUAAAUACCACUGGGUUAUUUUCGAAGCUCUUCAUACUCAAAUGUUUAUUGUUGAAAGGACAUUUGGGCCUAUUUCCACGUUUUUGAACUUCUUUGUAAAUAUCGAUGCUUAAUUUUUAUUUUUUGGAGACACUGAUUUGUGCCUCCUUCAGACAAUAUGCCAGAAAGAGACAUCGAAGUACUUUUUUCUGAAAUAAUUAUAUUUUGGUCAUCAUUUACUUUCGUAAUCUGACCACUGUUUAUCAACAGCGGAAACCGUUCCUGAUUUAACGUAUACUUUUCAGGAAUUUCCCUCGUCAUGAAGUUUCCUUUAGUGUUCCAUGGAACCUACUGGCUUAAAGAAACAUUAUGACCUCCUCCUCCUUUGACACCCUGUAUACCCAAUUCUAGGCCCCUUUACCAAUGGACUGGUUUCUACCAUAUUUAAAUCUUGGCAUCAGCCGGUAUUGGCAAUUCAAUUUAUACAUUAAAAUUGCUAAACUGCGAUUUGCUUACUUCAAGCCAAUUUUCCCACCAUCACUUGAAAACGUUUGCCACCUUACAUCAAAUUUCCUCCUUAUCAUCAAGUUGCACAGAUGUGUUGCUAGGUUACCACUGUAAAUGACGUAAGGUUGCUUCAAGGCUUCAUACCCAUAAUGAGUAAAAAAUCUUGGAAAACAUUUUUGCAACAAAAUACAAUUUUUGCAAUUUUAUACAGCUUCUUCAAGCCAGUCAAAUAAAGUAUCAAAGUGGGACAUCGUCAAAAUAUAUUUUUAGAAAUUUUAACUUUUGACAACAUAAACUGAAAUAAAAUAAAAUGCUGCUUAAUGUAAAAUAUAUGUUAAGUUAGUCAUAAAUUGCCUGAGGCAUAGCGAAUAGAAAGCUUAGUUUUUCCUAACGGAUUCCUGUUGUUUGGGGCUAAAACCUAGACCAAAUUACUGUUAUUUGAUAGGAAAGAGCUUGUGGUCACGGAACCAGUCUAAAUUCUGUUUCAGGUGACGCAGUCUAAAUUGGACGAUUCUAAAAAUAGAUUCAGACGUCAUCAUUUUGGAAUUCCCCAUUUUGAACUCAGAUGAAAGUUUUUGUAGCAAGGAGAAUGUUGGUUUUCAAUUGCUCGCGCAAUAAACUGUACAGAUAUAAAGUUAAAAUAACACAGGCAAGCAUUUUAGAUUUCUCGUUUCUCCCUUCCCUGUCGUUUCUCGGUAUCUUACACGUGACAACUUCGCGUUUGCUGUAUUUCCAGUUGUAAAUAAAGUUUUGCCCUUGUUGUGUUAUUAAAAAUCUAUAUACAUUUUACAUGAUUGAACUUCGUAGUGUACUUUGCAUGCAGUUAACAUCGAAAUAUAUUUCUCGGUUUUUAUUUGACACCGGCCCGGGUAAAAUAUGUUAUCCGUGUCCGGUAUCUCACUUGCUAGCAAGAGUCCGGAAAUUUUACAUCCUUGCCUUGCUAUUAAGCCAAAGUUUGAGAGAAAUUCUUGCAAGAAAGUGAAUAUGGAGCGUUUUCUUGGCCGGGCAAAUUUACCUAUUCUGUUUUCAAUCACUAACUGCGGUCCUUAUCUGUAAGACUCACAGCUUUCCAAGAACCGUUUUCUAAUCAUAAUAAACCACGUCAGGUUCCGGUUUUUCAAUUUACCUUCCACUAGUCCAAAAAUCUUUGUUAGAAGAAGAAGCCCUUUCCUUUUAUAUCCCACCCCUUUUAGAAAUAUUUGCUACCGUCCGGACCCGGUUUCAUAGUAUUCUGCAGGACCUCACCGGAUCUCAAAGAACCAUGAUUGAUAUUCAUGUACAUUUUUGAUUAACUAACCAUGUAUUUGAAUGAUAUCAUUUUUCAUGAUAAAGUUAUGUUAUGGGUA